UUUCGAGACGAAGUUCGAAGCGAUGGGUAAGUGCGUGUGUACAUGCCCGUAAAGGCUGCAAGAAGGAGGCAAGAAAAGGCGAGGGCAAUGUUGAACAUCGAUGGAGCUCAUGUAAUUUGGUCAACAAGUAUUAAGGGUUUCAGUAAGUGAUGAAAUGUUUGACGUUUACCGGCUGCACGGAGUCGAUAUGUGUUGAUGUGCCAUGGCUCCGCGAUGGUUUCACCUCUGUGCGCUGGUGUUCUGUCCUCCUCACGGUAUCCGGAUGGGAAAUCUCUGCAGAAAAGUGGCACACUGGCCUCGAAAUUAAUUCCAGAAUUCUCCAACAUCGGCAAAGUAUUAUAAAGAUAUGGAUAAACACUGCAGAGUGAAGGAUGAAGCCACGUCAAAGGCAGCAAAGCGCAAGGAAAACAAACAGAAACAUGGACGGCUUUUUCGAAAGAAAUCAUUGAAGUCGGUGGGGAGUUUUGUAAAUAAAAUUAUCAAAACUUUGGGCACUUUUACCCACUUUGGAGAUGUUGCAGUUCAGGGAGCAGAGGAUGACGAUGGGGGGUUUCGUGACGGAACACCUUGUAACAUCAGUUCCAACUCAGAAAAUAUCAAAGAGGAUGUCCAGGUCGCCGGGGAUGAUUCUGUUAAAAAUAAUUCGAUAGCUUCUUCCCGUUGCUCGGUGAAAGAGAGGGUUUUAUGGUGCUAUGGUGGCAAAAUUCCAGGUGUUCUAGGCUUGAAAAAUCAUGGGAACACCUGUUUCAUGAACGCGGUGGUCCAGUGCUUGAGCAACACUGACCUGCUCGCAGAGUAUCUCGGGUUGGAGCGGUACAAAUUGGAUUUGAGUCGAAGGAGAAUUAAUGGGAUUGUUAAAAGUGAAGACACGCAGCAUGCCAGAGGUGAAGUCACGGAGCAGUUGGCAUCACUUGUUAGGGCACUCUGGACUCUGGAAUACAUCCCUCAACUGUCAGUGGAAUUCAAGAGUAUAGUAUCCAAGUAUGGAUCCCAAUUCCGAGGAAACUCACAACAUGACGCCCUGGAGUUCCUGCUUUGGCUUCUGGACCGAGUUCAUGAAGAUGUCAACUUGUCCUCCUGCAGCAACAACAAUAACAAGACCAAAGCCCCAGGGAAGGGCCCUGGUAUAUCAGAGAAGGCGAUGGUCACUGAGACUCCCCACUCGCAGCAGCCUGGGGCAUGCCACAGCUUUGUACAGGAACACUUCCAGGCACAAUACAAGUCAUCGCUGACCUGCCCUCAUUGUCAUAAACAGAGCAACACCUUUGACCCUUUCCUCUGCAUUUCACUUCCCAUCCCUCUGCGCCACACCAGGUCUUUGUGUGUUACUCUGGUCUUCAGUACGAAGGGCCAGAGAUACCUGCGCAUCGGGCUGGCUGUGCCUCUCUUUGGUUCGCUGGCCUUUCUUAGAAGGAUGUUGGCGGAUGAGGGGAAGAUCUCCCCAGACCAGGUGAUCCUGACAGAGAUCUACACCACAGGCUUUCAGCGCUCCUUCUUUGAUGAGGAGGAUCUCACGUGCAUAGCCGAGACUGACAUCAUCUAUGCCUUCCAGGCCCCGCCCCUAUACAUCAGAGGAGGCUCUGCACUACUCUCAGGGUACCACCACAGCCUGCCGUCGUCGCCGUACUCCUCCGGGCCCGAAGGUCAAAGGUUACCUCCAUCCGGAACUUUGUCAUCAGAGUUCCUGAACCAUGGUGUACCGGUGAAGAUCCUGUUGCUGGUGUGCAAUGCCGCCUGGAAUGCCCAGCAGGCUGUCAGGUUUGGACCGCCGUUCCUGAUGAGGGAGGACCGCUCCACCUCCUGGGACCAGCUGCAGCAGAGCAUCCUCAGCAAGCUCUACUACCUGAUGAUCAACGGAGCACAGGCCCAGAAUGCCAGAGUGCUGUUUAAGAUCCGUGUGGUGGGAGGAUCAGCGUCCUACAGCUACCUCUCCCCCCAGGAUGGACGGCCGCUCUACCACCCAGCAGUGAACAGAGCUCUUAAUCUCUGUGGCUCAGGAGGACCGCCCCAUGUGAAGCUCAUCAUCGAGUGGGAACACAGAAUCAAAGACUGCCUGUUUGGGAACAUCCAGGAGGAGGUGGUGAAGGAUGCUGAGAGUGUGAGAGGCCAGCAUCAGCAGCACGUCCAGCAGCACAGUUGUACCCUGGACGAGUGCUUUCAGCUCUACACUAAAGAGGAACAGCUGGCCCCAGACGAUGCAUGGAAAUGUCCCCACUGUAAGCAGCUGCAGCAGGGCAUGGUGAAGAUGAGCCUGUGGACGCUGCCUGACAUCCUCAUCCUCCACCUCAAGCGCUUCCGGCAGGUGGGCGAGCGCCGCAACAAGCUGGCCACGCUGGUGCGCUUCCCCCUGGACGGCCUAGACAUGGCGCCCCAUGUGGUGAAGAGGAGUCAGAGCACCCGGCUGCCCCCCCAAUGUCCUCUGCCCCCCCACGGUCCUCUGCUCCCUGGCCCCCUGCACCCGGCCUGGAAACAGCCCUGCCCACCCGACGUGGCGCCUCCAGACUUCCUAUAUGACCUCUAUGCCGUGUGUAACCAUCACGGAGGCAUGCACGGGGGACAUUACACAGCGUUCUGCAGGAACUCAUUGGACGCACAGUGGUAUGGGUAUGAUGACAGCAGUGCAGAGCCAGUCACAGAGGGGGAGGUGUGCACACGGGGAGCCUACAUCCUCUUCUACCAGAGACGCAACACCAUCCCUCCAUGGUCAGCCAGCUCCUCUCUCAGAGGCUCCACCAGCUCCUCCACGUCAGACCACUGGCUGAUCCGUCUGACGCGGGACAGUAAGAGGGGCAGCCUGUUCUCUGGGGGAUUCACCUCUGGCCCUCCUGGCCCCACACCAACCCCCGAAUCCCCAGAGCUCCCUGUGUUCGAGGACGAGCCUCUCAAAACAGAGACAGAUGGGUUUGAGAAUAAGCCAUUUGUCCGAGGCACUCAGGGCAGGAGCGUGAGCAUGAGGUCACCCACUAAGACCAAGGACACCCUGAGCAAAGUGCUGCCCCUGCGCUGGUCCUUUGGUUCCAAGGACCGCCCCAAACCCUCCGCCCCCAGGCGAGGGGAGCUGGUGGAGUACCUGGAGUCAGGGCGCAGGCCGCGGUGCACCAAGGACCCCAUCAUCACCCUAGUGGCCACCCCGCCCCAGGGCGGGCACAGGGACCUGGGCAGCUCCCCCAGUGUCAGCAGCCUGAGCUGCAUGGACAGGUCCAACUCUGAGGCCUGCGACUCCCCAAGAGUACCAGAGGGCCAGAGCAGGCCUGCCAUAGAGAGGAGCUCCAGCCUGGGGCUCAGUAUUAUCACUAAAGUCAGGGAUGACAGCUCACUUGGCCGGAGGUCCUCCAAGAGGUUCAGGCAGGACCAGGGCAGGACCCUGGACCCUCACCCCCAUAGAGGCUCUACUGAUGGGGUCCACAUCAGCCACAGUGCCCCCCCAAGUAGGGACUCCACACUGAAGAGGCCCAAGGCCCAAGCAGGGCUGACCUCCAGGGUAGGGGUGCUGCAGGCUGGUCUACAGCCUGAGGAGAGGAAGGGGAUGAGGGGUCAGGAGGUAAGGAGCCACGACAGCCUCUUGUCCUUUUUCAAAUCAGGCUUCCUGAAGAAAGACACUCAGAGGACACCUAGCAAGGGGGAGGUGGUCCGGGCCAAUGGCCAUGGACGAACCAGCAAGGUGGCAAACGGUAGUUUGUCUAAACUCUCCCUCUCCAAUGGGACCCUGAACGGUGUAGCGCUGGAGGAAAAGAGGGCCAACGGCGCCCCUAGAAGUGACUGCCGUCACAGCAAAGCGCAGCUUGUCAACGGGAGGGCAGGGAGUCACAGCUCUGCUGCUGACAUCAAGCGUGCCCACAGCUCCAGUAACAUCCAGACCAAACUGGACUUGACCCUGCGCAGGUGUGCCUCUCUGCAGAGGAACGGGCAGGUAGCUCCCCCGGCCCCCCGCAGCAGCCUGGCCACAGACAAGCCCAGCUAUGCCACCCUGCAGCGGGCACGCUACAGCACCACCUCCCUGGGCAGGCAGCAGAGACCCGUCCCCGAGUCCUGCUUCUGACUCCCUCCGCACGGCUAGACUAACUGGCUGCUGCCACAGCAGUAGAGUUAUCUGGCGUGUGUGUCUCUUUAUUUAGAGUUUCUGCCAAUGCUACUGCCAGUGUUAGCAUGUUAGUGUGAGCUGAGCAGUCUGGCCACCACAGCUAGAGCAGAGGAAUAGUCACGGUGUUACUAGACAGGUUCUUAGGGGAGGCUUUGCCAACAGCUGAAAUCAGCAAUGCAGUGCGUAACAGUUAACUGUCUGUCAUAGUCUUCUGUUUAAUGUAAGUGCCUCUGUGACAGUUCAGAAUGAUUGUUUGUUGAACACUGCAACCACGCUGUUGAUUGACACAAAUCACAUCCAGACGGUCACCAGGUCUCUGUAGUAUAACCAUCAGAGAUGUUUCUUUUUUUCUUUUUUCUUUUUUUUUUUCAAUUUUUUUUUUAUUGAACACACACAAGAAUGGUGUAUAGGUAUACA